AUGGCUGCGUGCGAGUAUACCGUUUCACACCACGAUGGGAUCGUCUCUCCUGCUGGUCGAAUUUAUCUUCCAAUCAAUAUAACAGGCCAUAUAUCCAACUAUAAGCGCCUCAACGACCAGCCUGUGAUCAAGUUAUGUGAAAUCGCCCUGGGAAUCCGCGAUGUAUCUCUCCAGCUCAAGAUUCCUCAUUACGACAUAGUCCCUAUCAACCCAGCUCCUCCGUCAGCUGUCAUCUAUUCACACGCUAAUUUCAAGGCAUCCAUCCAGCCGGAGAAAGCUGGAGAUACCAAAGACUUUUAUGACAGAUGCUUUGCGGAAGCCGGUGCAAUUAACCUCUUUUUCCCCGACAUACGAUCGGAGAGCAUCCGCAUAUGCAUGACUGCGUGGCUGGCUGCAAACUGCGCGGCAGAUGAUAUACUUGAGGCUAUGCCACCAGCUGCCGCCGCACUUGCUUUGAAGGAGACGAUUUUGAAGCUCCAGGGAAAGAAGGCAGACGUCUCUCCAACAAACAAGGUCGCGUCAAUUCUUUGCUUCUUUCGGGAUUAUUGCAUCCAGCAACUUGAUCUAUCUGAAGCUACCGUCCACGAGCUCAGCAAUGAUAUAUGCGACAUGUGUGAGGGCUUGCUUGAUGAGCUCCUAUUCCGGCGAGGACUGUUGCCUAACAACCUGGAAACCUAUCUGCAAUUCCGUGGUAGGACAAUGGGAAUCCAUCCAUUUUUCACUCUGAUCCGCACACUGCACAAGCCAAUCGAUGCAGAAUAUCUCUCCAACCUCCGAGAUCUCCAGAAGCGGGUUAGUUUGGUCCUGGGCCUACAAAACGAUCUUGUUGGCCUAGAGAAAGAUCGUCGGAAUGGGGAGACUAUGAAUGCAGUCUUGGUGUCCUUGAAGGAACAAACAGGGAUGGAUGUCGAUCACAUGGAUAUGCUGUUGCCGAAAACGAUUCAGGAUGUAUGUCGUAUCCACAAUAUCUGUCUCUCGGCUGCGGUGGAGAUGUAUGACGGACUCCACGAUUCAAGGAAUGGGGAUGCCCACGAGCCGAUUCUUGAGACUGCAAUUCUGGCCUUUGCAGACACCCAUCUGAAAUGGUGUGCGUCGUCUAAAAGAUACCAGGCAAAGCUAGAAUAG